AUGGCGAGACCCAAGGCAAUCUUCCAUAAUGCGUCCGUAUCAACAUUGGUGAACCUAUCAUCAAAGCAAGGCGUGGCACGCGUACUUGUCGGCAUUGAACAGAGGGAGUUUCGGGUCAACAAGAAGCUCCUCAGCGCCACGUCCCAGUUCUUCAGAGACCAGCUCGAUGCCACCCCCGCCGGCAUACUCCAACUCUCACUGGUUCAGAAGUCCGUUCCGGUAUGGCUUCCUCAACAGACGUCGUCGACCCCUAUUCAACUGCUCGAUGAAUCCCCUGCCAUGUUCGAGCUCUUUACGGUUUGGCUCCAUCAGCGCGACGCCUUCCGUCGCCACCUCGACGACAUGAUUGCGAUGGUCAGCGAUGCCCCUGAAGAGACCAGCGAGUGCUUCCAUUGGGCCCUCGUCAACCUCCACAUCUUCGCCGCGAAACACGACCUCGACCAGCUCCAGGAUGUGGCCAUCGAUGCCCUGCAGGACCUGUACCUUCGUUGUGACUGGGACGUCACCCCCGAGUUUGUCACCUUCCUCUUCGGCGAGCGCGGGGCGAGGACCACCAUGAGACUCCGACGCUGGGCUACAGCCAUGGUUGCGUGGUCCAUCGCCGGCGGUCCAUGCCACCCGCGGGAUCAGGACGCCAACUGCCUCUUCGAGCCUCUGCUCAAACAAUUCUCCGACUUCAACGCCGAGUACGUCUUGCACGUCGCCAAGUUAAACAAGGGGAAACUGGACGCCCGAAUCAAGAACCCCCAACUGCGGAUCCCUGCCAACAAACUCCGUAACGACGAGCGCCAGUUUGGAUUCCGUCAAUGCUCGUUUCACACGCACCGUGCCGCUGUCGGUGAACGCAGAUGCCCGCAUGCAGCCACCAGCAUGGAGCUCGACAACUAUCCCAUGCUGGUCCCGCUCAUCAUCGACAUUGUCCCGUACAAGUCUUCGAGAUUCAUCAAGCACGUCAAGUCACCUUCGUGUCCUGCAGCUCCUCUUCGCCACUAUGAAUACCCUGCUGAGGUGCCGCGGCCGCUCCAGGCAGCCAGACCCCUGGCCAACGCAGCCGUGGCUGGGUAA